CUUAAAGGGCACUACAUGAUCGACCUUAAACCUCUUGAGUCGACAAAAAUGCCAUCUGUUGACCAGGAAGGAUAUCAUCUGCCUCUUUUGAAGCGGCAGAAAAGAGCAAUCGACAAUGAAAUUCACAAUGCGCCAAAGUCAGGGUCUAAGAUCUUUUCCCCAUUUCGAACAUUAGGUCUGGUGUCUCCAACAACCGUGCCCUUCACCUCCGUUCGCUUAGGCAAAUCUACGUUCCAAAUCACAACUUCCAUAGGACGCUCAUUGCAGACCUAUGAUCUGCGGCGAGGACUAAAUUUGGUCUUCAUAACGAGACCUCUGACCCCAGAUUUAAUUACUGCCACAUGUGCAUGGCAAGAUAAGAUUUUUGCGGCAUGGGGAAAUCUCCGGCCUAAUUCUCCCGGAGGCAUCUGGGUCUUCAAACGCGGAAAAAAAAUCGCAUCCUUGGAUAUACCCGCUGAAUGUACUGGGCCAGUCAAUCGAUUACUUGUUUUCGGGUCGUGGGUUGUAGGUUGCAGUGAAAACUGCAUACAAAUAUGGAAGAAUAUAUCCCACGAUCACUACACCACUCUCAGGCCUCCACCGUCUCGAGAAUCGUCCGAGAGGGGUCUAUACACAAACGAAAUCUGUACUAUGCCCACAUAUAUUAACAAGGUUUUCGUCGGGCGCUAUGAUGGGGGAGUGGACAUUUGGAACGUCAAAACGGGAAAGUUGAUCUACUCAAUACUUCCGCCUUCUUCUAAUUGUGGAGCUGUCACUGCACUGCAGCCCACUCCGGUGUUGUCUCUUCUUGCUAUUGCGUACGAUAGCGGUACACUUGACAUUCGGAAUGUCGAAACCGGCCGCUUCAUUCUUCAUCUGGAGCCAGCUUCCUCGCGCAUGGAAAAGGUCACAUCAUUCGCAUUCCGGAGCGAUGGUUUAGGUUCUGGAGACGAUGGCCGAAAAGCGGGUGUCAUGGCAACUGCGAGUUCGGAAAGUGGGGAUAUCAAACUCUGGGAUCUGAAUAACGGCGGCAGAGUGAUGGGUGUUCUUCGAAGUGCUCAUCUGCUUUCUGAAAAUGAACCAGGGUCUGGCGUUACCCACAUCCAGUUUCUAGAUGGGCAGCCUCUUUUGGUCUCAUCUGGAAAGGAUAAUUCACUAAAAACCUGGAUUUUCGAUGAAGUACCAUUUUCACCUAUUCCGAGACCUCUUCAUUCCAGAGGCGGCCAUGCAUCCGCAAUCACUUCUCUCGGCUUCCUCCCCUCAUCAUCUGACGGGUCUGAAUUCGGCGGUAAAUGGCUACUAAGUGCAAGCAAGGAUGGUGGUCUCUGGGGCUUCAGUGUUCGAAAAGACAGCCAGAACACCGAAAUUUCUCAAGGUGCUGGGAAACAGAGAUCGAAAAAAGUCAUCGGAUUGGAAGGUGUGGGUAGCUCGGUACAAAAUGUGCCGCUGAGGACUCCAGAGAUAACCUGCAUUGCCUGCUCCCUCAAUCGUGACGGCGGAAUGGGUCUUACAACAUCAGGUCCAGUUUGGACAAAUCCAAGAGUCACCAAUACAGAUGCCUCGAACAAAACAGGCUGGGAAAGUAUAGUGACUGGCCAUCGAGGUGAUAAGUUUGCACGGACAUGGUUUUGGGGCAAGAAAAAAGCUGGACGUUGGGCCUUUGAAACCAGCGAUGGAAGUGAGGUCAAGAGUGUUGCUGUAUCAAAUUGUGGCACUUUUGCUUUAGUUGGAUCAGCUGCGGGAUCGAUUGAUUUGUUCAACUUGCAGUCAGGCUCAUACCGGCAGAGCUUUCCCGCCCGCGAUCAACGGGCAAAUAUUAAGUCUGAGACCAAAUCGCACCCCAGCUCACAAAGUAACAACACAAAACACACUAAAGCCGUUACUGGUUUGGCAAUCGAUGGGUUAAAUCAAGUUGUUGUUAGUUGUGGCCUCGAUGGGAAGAUCAAGUUUUGGGACUUUGUUACUGGAAUCCUCAUUGAUGAACUCAAUUGGUAUCCAAUGACAUCAAUCACUGGCCUUCGGUACAGCACUACAAGUGAACUCAUCGCAGUCAGCUGUGAUGAUCUUUCAAUUCGGGUUGUGGACCUUGAAACAAGAAAGGUAGUGCGUGAGUUCUGGGGGUGUGUCGGCCAGGUGAAUGACUUGACAUUCUCUUACGAUGGGAGGUGGGUAAUUGCAACCUCGAUGGACUCCGUCAUUCGAGUGUGGGAUGUGCCCACAGGACAUCUCAUCGACCUCUUUCGUCUUACCAGUACGUGCACUGCUUUGGCCAUGUCAUCAACCGGCGAAUUUCUCGCUACAGCCCACGCCGACGGGGUGGGCGUCAGUCUUUGGUCGAACCGAGGUCUUUUCACCCCAAUAUCAUGCCAAAACCUAGAUGAGAGUAAUAUUGCAAGUGUCGAUUUUCAUACCGCCGCUGGAGAAAAUGGUGGAGGAGCAAUUGAGGCUGCAUUCUCCGAAGCUCCUUCGGCAAGUGAAGUGGAGGGCCCGUUGCUAAAUUCGCAGCAACUCGACCGGGAGAUGCUCACACUGAGUAAAGUUCCAAAAAGCAAAUGGCAGACACUACUCAAUCUGCACAUUAUCAAGGAACGCAAUAAGCCAGUUGAACCUCCCAAAGCUCCACAGAAGGCUCCCUUUUUCCUUCCCGCAGCACAUGAUGUUUUGGAAAGUGACACCAACGUUGAUCUUGACCGGGUGACCGAAAGCACAGUGACCGAACGGUCGAGGAUUGCCAAGAUGUAUUCUUCUGAAUCCUCUUUUGUCACACUAUUGAAAUCGGCGUCCUUAUCGGGAGACUUUGAGUCUUUUAUCGAACACCUGAAGAGCCUCCCGCCUGCAAAAGUCGAUGUCGAGAUAAGAUCUCUGAGCCCACAGGUUCGGGAAGGGCAAUCUGAACUCUCGGCCUUUGUAUGCGCACUGUCGAGUCGGCUACGGUCAAAGAUGGAUUUUGAGCUGGUCAAUGCUUGGAUGGCAGUGUUCCUAAAGGCGCACUCUGACGUCAUUGAAAGAUGCUCGGGAUCAAAUACAGACGAAGACAGUGUGUUGAAAGAUGCUCUCGACACCUGGACCCGUGUGCAACGGAUUGAAGCGCGACGUUUGACCGAACUGGUGGGGUAUUGUCGAGGUGUGGUGGGAUUUCUCAGGUCGUCACGGUAGAUCAGUUCUUGAUUAAUCAAUAUACUCAAAGCAAUUGC